AUGUCGACCAUACGAUCUCUACCUUCUAGCUCGACGUCCAGCUACCUACCUCCCGAUGUCCCUCAGGCGUGUGUACGGCAGGUGAUAGUGGAUCUGUUACUCAAGAGGGGUUUCGAAGGUGCAGAAGCAGGUGCUCUAACAGACAUUGAGCGAUUGCUGGAACAUCAUGUGAACAACUUAUUCGAAGAAUCACUCGAACUUGCUCAUCUGUCAGGACGACGCGAGGCCAAUGCCAUUGAUCUAGUAGCUGCGCAGGAGGAGAGUGGGUGGGGAGUAAAGAGGAUGAAGAGGGAGUCGAAACGGAAGAGGGGUAAAGCUCCUGAGAUAUCAUAUGACCCUUCUAGCUCUACACCACCUUCACCCACCUUCCCCACCCUCUCUUCGUUACUUGACGAACAACAAGGGGAAGAAGGGGAAGAUAUCAAACCUGAUUUCUCGUCGACCGCAAAAGCAAAAGCAAGAGGUAUUAAACCUGCUUAUUCACAAGACUGGUUCCCCGUCUUACCCAAGAAAUGGACCAUGGUGAAUGAAGACGCCAGUGAUAAAGGGAAUGAUACACCAAACAAAGAAGAUCAAAAUCAUAAUCACAACCAACCGAUUCAGGUGACGUCGGCCUUGUUGGAUUUUAUAAAGCUGACAGCUACUGAACGUGGUGAUAUACCACCUGAAUUGGGUGUGGUGAAUUACAAUAGGGUUGAUGAUAAGCAGGAUUCAAGCCCGUUGGACGGUUUGAAGGGAGUGACAGCGGGGAAAGGGGUGAAGAGAAAAUGGGGUGUGAAAGGGGUUUCGGCUAGGUCGUAA